AUGGCUGUCAAUGCGUGUGCUGCUCGGUGGCCUGGUCCACUAAAGCUCCAAGAGCAGGCAGUCCCGGGGGUGAACUUGCAAGCAAUGGCAGCCGGGAUUGGAGGCACUUACUCAGUGGUGAAAUUGGCCUGUGAGGAUGAUGGCCGCCGCAUGCAGGGGCUCAACACCGCCUUCGACCGCUUGCGCCGGGUGGUGCCCCAGUGGGGCCAGGAUAAAAAGCUGUCCAAGUACGAGACCCUGCAGAUGGCGCUGAGCUACAUCAUGGCGCUGACCCGCAUCCUGGCCGAGGCCGAGCGCUUCGGCUCGGAGCGGGACUGGGUCAGUCUCCACUGCGAGCACUUCGGCCGCGACCCCUACCUCCCGUUCGCGGGCGCGAAGCUGCCGGGCGAGAGCGAGCCCUACGGCCAGAGACUCUUCGGCUUCCAGCCCGAGCCCUUCCCGAUGGCCAGUUAG